CGGGGAGCGAGCGGGGUCCCUCCUUUUGUGUCCGUCCCCUCCUCCAGCCACGGUUUGAACGCCCCCUCCCCGGGGACGGACCACCCUCCGGCCUCUUGCAGGUGCGUGGGCACGGUGAUGUGGGAGCUGCACCCUUCGGCGCUCGGCCUCAACGACGGCCCCUUCGCCAUCGUGGGGCACAGCUGUGCCCUCUACCCCCGGCUGCCGGGUCGGGACAGCGACCGCGGGACACCGCAAAGCCUCAGUGCUGUGGAUACGUGCAGCUGGGAUGCGGAGGGGAGGCCCCCGGGGAGCCUCCAGCUGGGAGCUCAGGACAGGGGCCCCUCCUGCACGCCGGUACAGCGGGCGCUGCUGGCGCUCACUCCGACGCUGGAGAAGCUGCAGGAGGUGAAGGGCCGCGUGCUGGAGGCCCUGGAGCAGGGGCUGAGCCAGCGGAGCGGGGGACGUUCCACCAUGCGGAUGCUGCCCACCUUCAUCUGCUCCACACCCGAUGGCACCGAGAGCGGCGACGUGCUGGUGGCGGAGCUGUGCCAGAGCCACGUCCGCGUCCUCUGGGUUACCCUCACGGGCGACGGAAACCAGAGCCCACAGCUGAUGUACCACGUCUUUGAGAUGCCGGAGGACAUCCCGCAGGGCUCCGGGGAAGCGCUCUUUGACUUCAUCGCGCAAUGCGUGAAGAGUUUCCUGGAGGAAAUCGGCAAUCCCCAGCACCGCCUGCCCCUGGGCUUCAUCUUCCCGUUCAGCUGUAGGCAGACGGGACUGGACAAGGCAGAACUCAUCUCCUGGUCCAAGGGCUUCCGAUGCACCGACGUGGAGGGGAAGGAUGUGGUGCAGCUGCUGCAGGCGGCCAUCAGCAAGCAGGAGCUCUGCCACGUGGAUGUGGUGGCCCUGCUGAACGACACGGUGGGCACCAUGAUGACGUGCAGCACACGGGAGAAACCUUGUGAGAUCGCCUUGGUUGUGGCCCUCCUCGAUCCUGCAGAUUCGGGCACCAACUGCUGUUUCAUGGCCGAGUCACACCUCUUGGAGAUGGCAGAGGUGACCAGCGGGCGGAUGUGUAUCAACAGUGAGUGGGGCUGCCUGGGGGACGACGGCGCACUGGAUGAUAUGCUGACCCCCUAUGAUCACCGUGUGGACCAGGAGUCCUCCAACCCUGGGGAGAGGAGGUUUGAGAAGCUGGUGGGCAGCCUGUAUCUGGGGGAGAUUGUGCGGCACGCCAUACUCAUGCUGGCCUCCGAGCAAGCACUCUUCAUCGGGAAAAACAUCUCCAUCCUGGCGACCAAAGCUGUGCUGACAACCCAGCAGGUCCUGGAAAUCAUGGACAACGAGGAUGGCAUGGCCAAGGCUCAGGGCAUACUGGAGGCUCUGGGGCUGCAGCCCAGCGAGCGGGACUGCUGUCGGGUGCAGCAGCUGUGCCGGGCGGUGGUGAGCCGUGCUGCUGCGUUCAGUGCCACGGGGCUGGCGGCCGUGCUCAGCCACAUGUGCCGCAGCCGGCAGCUGGAGCGGCUGGUGGUCAACGUCGGGGUGGAUGGCGGGCUGUACCACACCAGCACCAGGUUUGGUGAGAUCCUGCGCAGCGUGGUGGGGCUGCUGGCCCCUGAGUGUGCGGCCAACCUCAUGCCCUCAGCCGAUGUCAGCGGGCUGGGGGCGGCCAUGGUGACGGCGGUGGCUCUGCGCAUGGUGGCACAGCGGAACAAGGUGGAGCGGCUGCUGGCCCCACUGCGGCUCAGCCGUGCCGACUUGCAGCGCGUGCAGGCACUGAUGAGACAGGAGAUGGAGCGCGGGUUGGACCGGGAGAGAAAUGCUGAGUCCUCCCUCCGUAUGCUGCCCACCUAUGUGUGCCACACACCUGACGGCACCGAGAGAGGAAAAUUCUUGGCGCUGGACCUGGGAGGGACCAAUUUCCGUGUGCUGGUGGUGCACGUGGCAGAGGACAAUAUCGACAUCAUCAAUGAGAUCUACGUCAUCCCCACGGCCAUCAUGCAGGGCACCGGCGAGGCGCUCUUCAACCACAUCAUGGAGUGCAUCAUGGACUUCCAGAUGAAGCAGGGGCUGAUGGGUGAGGUCCUGCCACUUGGCUUCACCUUCUCCUUCCCCUGCCAGCAGCUGGGCCUGGACAAAGCUGUGCUGCUGAACUGGACCAAAGGCUUCAGUGCCUCUGGCUGUGUAGGGCAGGAUGUGGUUCAGAUGCUGCGGGAAGCUGCACAGCGCAAACAGCACAUGGCGCUGAAGGUGGUGGCUGUGGUGAAUGACACUGUGGGGACCAUGAUGGCCUGUGGCUACCAUGACCCCAAAUGUGAAAUUGGCCUCAUUGUCGGGACAGGGACCAACACCUGCUACAUGGAAGAGAGGGCAAAGGUGGGCACCAUGGAUGGGGAUGAGGGUCGCAUGUGCAUCAACAUGGAGUGGGGCGCUUUCGGGGACAACGGCUGCCUGGAUGACUUCUUCACCAGCUUCGACCGACUGGUGGAUGAGAAAAGCAUCAAUGCGGGCAAGCAGAAGUUUGAGAAGCUCAUCAGCGGCAUGUACCUGGGUGAGAUCGUGCGGCAGAUCCUGCUGGCGCUGGUGGAGGAGCAGGUCCUGUUCUGCGGCAAGUCGUCCCACAAGCUGCAGAACAAGGACAUCUUCCAGACCAAGUUCCUUUCCACCAUUGAGACCCCCGGGUUGGCCCUAGUGCAGGUGCAGGGCAUCCUGAGCAACCUGGAGCUGGACGCCAGCUACGAGGACAGUGCGCUGGUGCGGGAGGUGUGCCAGACCGUGUCUCUGCGCGCCGCGCACCUCUGUGCCGCGGGGAUGGCCGCCGUGGUGGAGAAGAUGAGGGAAAGCCGCGGCCUGGAGCAGCUCACCGUCACCGUGGGGGUGGAUGGCACUUUGUACAAGAUGCACCCACACUUCUCCCAGAACCUCCAGCAGAUGCUGCAGGAACUCGCGCCCCGCUGCAAUGUCACCUUCCUGCAGUCGGAAGAUGGCUCGGGGAAAGGGGCCGCACUGGUGGCGGCGGUGGCAUGUCGUGGGGAUGACCCCUCCUCCCCACAAUAAAAGGCUUUGCUCUGCA